AUGCAGACUGAUUUUACAAACGUUUGUGAAAGAAUGGGUCGCUCUCAGGAGCUCAGUGAAUUCAAGCGUGGUACUGUGAUAGGUUGCCACCUGUGCAAUAAGUCCAUCCGUGAAAUUUUCUUGUUACUAAAUAUUCCACAGUCAACUGUUAGUGGUAUUAUAACAAAAUGGAAGCAACUUGGAACAAGAGCAACUUCAGCCACGAAGUUAGCGGGGUCAGCGCAUACUGAAGCGCACAGUAGUCGCCAACUGUCUGCAGAUUCAGUAGCUAAAGACCUCCACACUUCAGAUUAGCACAACAACAGUGCGUAGAGAGCUUCAUGGAAUGGAUUUCCAUGGC